AUAUACCACUGUCCAUCCACAUGUGCGCCAUUUUCUCUUACACCGACCUCAUAACAGUCGACUCGUAAGGUACCCCCGUCUCAGUGCUUCUAGAACCUUCUUCGUCGACCCAAAACUUGGCAAAAUGCGUGAGUGCAUCUCUAUCCACGUCGGUCAGGCUGGUGUCCAGAUCGGCAAUGCCUGCUGGGAGCUUUACUGCCUGGAACAUGGGAUUCAGCCUGACGGACAGAUGCCCAGUGACAAGACUCUUGGAGGAGGAGAUGAUUCCUUCAACACCUUCUUCAGUGAGACAGGAGCUGGGAAGCACGUCCCAAGAGCAGUUUUUGUCGACCUGGAGCCCACUGUCAUUGAUGAAGUGCGAACUGGAACCUACCGCCAGCUGUUCCACCCAGAGCAGCUGAUCACAGGGAAGGAGGAUGCUGCCAACAACUACGCCCGUGGACACUACACCAUUGGCAAAGAGAUCAUUGAUCUGGUGCUGGACAGGAUCCGCAAACUGGCUGACCAGUGCACAGGUCUGCAGGGAUUCCUGGUUUUCCACAGCUUUGGUGGUGGCACUGGCUCUGGUUUCACCUCCCUGCUGAUGGAGCGUCUGUCUGUGGACUAUGGUAAGAAGUCCAAGCUGGAGUUCUCCAUCUACCCAGCUCCACAGGUGUCCACUGCUGUGGUUGAGCCCUACAACUCCAUCCUGACCACUCACACCACCCUGGAGCACUCUGACUGUGCUUUCAGGGUAGACAAUGAGGCCAUUUACGACAUCUGCCGCAGAAACCUGGACAUCGAGCGUCCAACCUACACCAACCUGAACAGGUUGAUCGGUCAGAUCGUGUCCUCCAUCACAGCUUCCCUCCGUUUCGAUGGUGCUCUCAAUGUUGAUCUGACAGAGUUCCAGACCAACUUGGUGCCAUACCCUCGUAUCCACUUCCCUCUGGCCACCUACGCCCCUGUCAUCUCUGCAGAGAAGGCCUACCACGAGCAGCUGUCAGUCUCUGAAAUCACAAAUGCCUGCUUUGAGCCAGCCAAUCAGAUGGUGAAAUGUGACCCUCGCCACGGCAAGUACAUGGCCUGCUGUCUGCUGUAUCGUGGUGAUGUGGUGCCCAAAGAUGUCAACGCUGCCAUCGCCACCAUCAAGACCAAGCGCACCAUCCAGUUUGUGGACUGGUGCCCCACUGGUUUCAAGGUGGGCAUCAACUACCAGCCUCCCACUGUGGUUCCUGGUGGAGACCUGGCCAAGGUCCAGAGGGCUGUGUGCAUGCUGAGCAACACCACUGCUAUUGCAGAGGCCUGGGCUCGGCUUGACCACAAGUUUGACCUGAUGUACGCCAAGCGUGCGUUUGUUCACUGGUACGUGGGUGAAGGUAUGGAAGAGGGAGAGUUCUCUGAGGCCAGGGAAGACAUGGCAGCUCUGGAGAAGGAUUAUGAGGAGGUGGGAGUCGACUCUGUUGAGGGUGAGGGAGAAGACGAAGGAGAAGAAUACUAAAGGGGCAAAGGGACAUAAGUUAAUUAAAUUAAAAAUUUUGUGAUAAAGUUUGUCAAAAGCAUUCCAAAUGAUGUGCAUUUCUUCACAGGCUGGCAUUUGAAAUACCUGUCUCCUGUUUGAAUAAAGUUUUUAAGCAUG